CAGAUGUUACCCUUUUCAUCCCGGCUGUGAUACUGUGUAAGAGACUUGCUCAGCUAGCACAGGCUCUGUUCUCCAGCAGUGGUUGGACUUCAGCAUGAUUACUCCUCAGCUGCUGGCUUGCGGGGCGGUUUUGCUUCUCUGUGUCUUGAAAGCCAGCUCCCGGGAUACUUUCCUUGCAGCCGUUUAUGAGCAUGCGGUGAUUCUGCCCAGUACCACCCUAGAGCCGGUGUCUCGUGAAGAGGCACUAAGGUCGAUGAAUCGGAAUCUGGAUGUUAUGGAAACAGCGAUUGCUUCAGCAGCAAAGCAGGGUGCACAUAUUAUUGUGACUCCAGAAGAUGGUAUCUAUGGUUGGAAUUUUAAUAGGGCAACUCUCUACCCAUAUUUGGAGGACAUCCCAGACCCUCAAGUAAACUGGAUCCCUUGUAAUAAUCCUAACAGAUUUGGCCAUACUCCAGUGCAAGAAAGACUCAGCUGUCUGGCCAAGGACAACUUUAUCUAUGUUGUGGCAAAUAUUGGAGAUAAGAAGCAAUGCAAUGCCAGUGACCCUCAGUGUCCUCCUGAUGGCUGGUACCAAUACAACACGAAUGUGGUGUUUGAUUCUCAGGGAAAACUCAUAGCACGCUACCAUAAGCAAAAUCUUUUUAUGGGUGAAGAACAGUUCAAUGUUCCCAAGGAGCCCGAAGUUGUGACCUUCGACACCACUUUUGGAAAGUUUGGGAUUUUCACAUGCUUCGAUAUACUCUUCCAUGAUCCUGCUGUCACCCUGGUGAAAGAUCUCCACGUGGACACCAUACUGUUUCCAACAGCUUGGAUGAAUGUUUUGCCACAUUUAUCAGCUAUUGAAUUCCAUUCAGCUUGGGCUAUGGGCAUGGGGGUUAAUUUUCUCGCAGCCAAUACACAUUACCCUUCAAAGAAUAUGACAGGAAGUGGCAUCUAUGCACCUGAUUCUCCCAGAGCAUUCCAUUAUGACAUGAAGACAGAAGAGGGAAAACUCCUGCUUGCUGAACUGGAGUCCCAUCCACAACCCUCUGCAGUGAAUUGGGCUUCUCAUGCCAGCAACCAAAAGCCACUGUCAACGGAAAGCCAAGAAUUUAAGGGCACUAUCUUUUUCGAUGAAUUCACCUUUGUGGAGCUCACAGAAGCCACAGGAAAUCACACAGUCUGUCAGAAAGAUCUCUGUUGCCAUCUAAGCUACAAGAUGUCUGAGAAGAGAUCAGAUGAAGUUUAUGCCCUUGGGGCAUUUGAUGGUCUGCACACUGUUGAAGGAAGCUAUCAUCUACAGAUCUGUACCCUGCUGAAGUGUAAAAGGACAGACUUACGCACUUGUGGACACUCAGUUGAAACAGCUUCCACCAGGUUUGAUAUGUUCUCCCUUAGUGGCACUUUUGGAACCCAGUACGUCUUCCCUGAGGUGUUGCUGAGCGAUAUUAAGCUUGCACCUGGGGAAUUCCAGGUGUCAAGUGAUGGACGUUUAAUGAGCUUGAAGCCGACAUCCGGACCUGUCUUAACAGUAACUCUAUUUGGAAGGUUGUAUGAGAAGGAUCAGGCAUUAAAUGCUUCCUCAGACUUCACGGCACAAACACUGAGAAUCCUUGUUGCUGUUUUGGCAUGUAUUCUGUGCUCACUAUACUGGUAGAAUAUUCAUAUUUCCUUUAUUUUCCUUGGGACAAUUUAAGAAGUGGUGGAUGAGAAAAUGAUUGAUCUGGGAUUUUGCUAAUAGUGGUGUCUGAAAAAUGUGAAUUAUAAAUAUACAUUUGUGUUUAGAAGAACACAUACUAAUAUAUGUAUUAAUCUAAAAGCAACUUGAGCGUUGUUCUUUCCUGGAACUGGACUGUUUGCAUGGAAUAAGAAUCACAAUUCUUUUAUGCAGAAGAAAUAAAAAUCACAUCAAAUCUAUCCUAAAAUGCACUGAAGUCUGAAAUCCUUACCUCUUCUAUUAUAACACGUAUCUCUUAGGACAUUAUGCUUAAGCUUUCUAAU